AUGGAUCAGUGGAAUUUCGCUGGUGAAUCAGUGAACAAAAUACUAGCGCGCAUACGCACUGAUCAUAGAGUGAAAAAUGGUCUUCGACGAGCUUCUGUGACUCAACAAGCUGCAUAUAAUUUAAGUACUAAUAACUAUCUCUGUCCAUCGUGCAGAAAAGCAUUAAGUUUACAAAGUACUGCAUCUAGUCCUGUUGCUGAGAUUAACACUCAUGUUGAAGAGCAAUUGGAAGAUAAUCGUACUGGAAGUACUCUUUCAUCAAUUUCAAACAUUUCAUCAGGGUUAGAAGAUUUUAGUGAAGAACUGACAGCACCAACCAGUAGUUUAUCUGGAUUAAGUUUAGGAACAGUAUUGCCAAUGGUCAAUGAUGCAUUUGCUUUACUAAAUCAAUCACCUAUUAUAAAAAAACAUGUCGAUAAUCAAACGUAUUUAGAAAACAAAGUCAAAAAAGUAUAUGAAAAAUUGAAUACCUCUUUAGGAGUAACAAAACUUUCUGAUAAUAAAAUCAACUCUCAAAAUUUCUUAGAAUUGCUCGAUAAAUUAAAAAAUAAAUUCAACGAUAGUAAUACGCAACGAUGUGAAAAAAUUCAAAUUCUUACUCUUUUACCUGAAUCAUGGGGAUUAUCUCGAGUAUGUGAAGCAAUGGGUUGUACAAUAUACAUGGCGUCAAUUGCAAAAUCUCUUCGAGAUAAAAAAGGAAUUCUUUCAACUCCAAAUGCCAAAUUAGGUUAG